AUGGCCGAGGACAAGGCAAUGUUCCAGCACAUGGAAACCUUCCAUCCCGAAGGUGAAGGGGACUUGAGCUCACAUUCCGUUGGUGUGAAAGAAGACGACAACUCGUCUACCAGACCCAGCACUGCUGAAGACGUUUCAUACGUUGAGUGUCCUAUUGACGGAUGUGGGGAAAUUCUUCUGCUUCAAGAAUUGGACUACCACCUUGAGCUCCAUUCCGAAGAAUCGGGCCAUCACCUCCAGGAAGAAGGGGCGUCAGUACCGGUACCGCAUGCCAAAACUGAGGCAACUCCUCCUUCUGGGCCGUCGAGGGCUCAUCGUGAGGCAGAAAGGCACCGUCGGUCGGACCGUGAGCCCGAGAAGAACGAUCGCCAAGCCACAGCUGUCUCGGCGUGGAAACGGCUGCUCAGGAUGCCUGGGUCAUCGACUGCCCAUAGAAUUCUGUCGUCAAGACGGCCACAGAAUGAGGAUACUUCAUCAGGGCAUUCCAGCCGCGGUAAACGGCUUGGUAAAGCCCAACUUGGAAAAUACGCACAUGAGGACCGUAUGCCGGACUGGCUGGUAGUGAUGCUCAAGAAGAACGGCCAGGUCACGUCUCAAGGUGUCAUCUCUGUGUUAGCGCUGCUGCUGGAGCAGAGCCCGUCGACAAAGUACGCCUAUCUCUGCCAUCCGUCCGUACAGCAUGUCUCAAAAUUGAAGCGGGAGGUUGAUGCCAAGCUUCAGGGCCACGAACAGUUCCACGGUACUAUCCCGUCCAUUUUCCAAAUUCAAGAGUGGAUCGAAACCGCCUGGGACCAAGGUAUCAACCCUCAAGGUCGCCUCGAGACGGGCGGAAUCAGGGGAACGAGGAAGUACAUUGGUACGCCGGAGGCGUUGGCCGUGUUCCGCCUCCUAGAUAUCCCGUGCGAUGCCGAGGGGGUGAAACACAAGGAGCCUGGCAAGUCCGAGGCGCUGCUCAUGGAAUAUGUCGAGAACUACUUCCAGUCGGGCGUCGAGGACCCCGAGCAACAAAUUCGUCAGACCAACCUGCCCCCGCUUUACUUUCAGCAUGCCGGCCACUCGCUUACGAUCGUCGGCUUUGAGAAACUUAAGAAUGGGCCCAAACAGCUGAUCGUCUUCGACCCCUCCUUUCACGACUCAUCGUAUAUUGUGCGCCUCGUGGGCAAGACCUUCACCCAUCCCAUGCCGGAUCUGGCGCUGAAGCCGUAUCGGAGGGGAAGUCGCUACCUCAAAGCUUACAAGGAGUUUGAGUUGUUGAGAAUACUACCCGGGCCGCCGGCGGUCUGA